AUGGCGGUCAGUGUCGUGAGAUACCUUGUGUUCGUCUUCCUCGCCGGCCUGCAGCAUCAUCAUGUGAGUGCGGAGACCAAAACGUUCAAGGACCUGUUCAACAGCACGUCCUGCGCCAAACCGCCCUUCGAAUGCCCGCAUCCGCAGAUAGAAUUUUAUUUAUACACUAGGGAAACGCAAAAGAAACCUUUGCGUAUAGACGUUCGAAGGUUCGAAUCGCUUCAUUACUCUAGAUUCAACAAGUCUCAUCCCACUAAGAUCAUUAUUCACGGUUUCGGAGGAGGCAGGGAUUUAAUACCUAGUCCGGAUAUUCGAAAAGCGUAUUUCACGCGAGGCAAUUACAAUAUUAUAAUCGUCGAUUACGGUUCGUUGGUACGCGAGCCCUGUCUGUCGCAAAUACAAUGGGGUCCAGAUUUCUGUUCACGAUGUAUUGCUCAAUUGGUAAGGUACUUGAGGGAUCAUCCUCGGGGAACGAGGGUGGAGAAUAUACACGUGCUGGGGUACAGCGUUGGUGCUCAUAUAGCUGGCCUGAUUGCCAAUUAUUUGCCAGAUGACAGACUUGGAAGGAUUACAGGACUCGAUCCCACGAUAUUUUUCUACAUGAACGGAAACCGGUCAAUGGAUUUAGACGAAACGGAUGCUCACUUCGUCGACGUGAUUCACACUGGUGCCGGGAUUUUGGGCCAGUGGGGACCGACCGGUCAUGUAGAUUUCUACGUGAAUGGCGGCUCCAGUCAACCCGGAUGCGCCACCACUUCCUUGCUCCAGACGCUGUCGUGCGAUCACACAAAAGUGACGCCCUAUUACAUAGAGUCGAUCACCACGAAAGUAGGAUUCUGGGCAGCACCGUGUGGAAAUCUCUUUUCCUACCUGAUCGGCUGGUGCAAACCGGACCUCGAGGAGUAUAUACUCAUGGGAGAAGACACCCCGCAUACAGCACGAGGCAUCUACUAUCUCUCAACAAACGGACACAAACCAUACGCCCGAGGCCUUCCCGUAAGAAGCCAACGAACGACAAAUCGGAACCGAUCGUUCUACCGCCAGUAUUGA